UGAGUGUUGUGUUGUGGUGGGGAGUGGCCCCAUUAACCCGGAACAGCCUCUGGCGUCGCACGUGUUGAUGCCCAACCUACGAACUAAAAUCGACCAGAAAUUUCAGAAAUCUGUGAAACAAAAACCAAUAAAAAUCCUAAGAACCAAAAACGUUUUCUCUUAUUCUCUUCUCACCUGUGCUUCUGUGCUUUCAAUGACAAAAACGCAUACAAACAAACACACACGCACCCUCACUUUUUAGUUUCUUAACACAGCAACAACGCAGAGCAGGCACCACCAUAAAAACGAAACGCUUUCUCUUAUUCUCUUCCUUUCUCGCGCAACAUUCAUGAAUUGGUGAAAGCUGCCACUCCUUUCAGCCUUAGCCGCAGCUAGGGUUUUAAUUUCACUCUCCCAGGGAUUGAGUAAAAUCUGUUCACUGAUCGUGAUUGGAGGUUUACAAUUCAUUUUUUGACAGUUGCAACUUGUUACCAGCCGUCAGAGCGACUGUGGAUGCUUGUGAACUUUUUUUUCCAGAAAUUCUAUUGGAAAUUCUUAAUGGGAGGAACAGUUCUGGCACCCCAAAAGGAUGACCUUGAUGCUCUGAGGAUGAUUAUGUGAAGCAGUAUGACUCUUGAAGAUUUCUUUACCUUGACCGAGAUGAAAGAUGGGCUCACAGCACCUUCUCGGGUGCAGGAGCUGGUCUCUGUGAUGCAGAAAGAAAAAAGUUGCGAUGUUAAAAAUUCUGCUGAUGCGACUAGGCAGUGGGCUGCUGUUGCAAGCACCAUUGCCGCUACAGAGAAUAAAGAUUGCCUUGAUCUUUUUAUUCAAUUGGAUGGACUUUGCUUCAUCAACGGAUGGUUAAAGGAUGCCCAAAAAUUUGAGGUUGAUGCAAAAGACAGUUUUGUUGAAGAAUCAAUUACUGCAAUGUUACGUGCAGUUGAAAAGCUUCAUCUAGACUGUGAGAUGUCAAUUUCAUCUGGAAUUCGCAUCACUGUAAGUAAUCUUCUUGGCCAUCAUAGCGCUAAGGUUCAGGAUAGAGCAAGGACAUUGUUUGACAGCUGGAAGGGAGCUGAAAAUGUUGAUACUGAAUCUCAUGAUGUGGAGCUUGCUAAGGUUGACUGUGCAACCAAUGAGAUUGUCAAGGAGGAAAGCCAGCCAUCUGCUGUGGAUGAAGCUGGCAAUGAUAAUGAUAGUGCAUCAGGACUAAAUGGAACUGUAAACUGUCUAUCGAAAAGCUCAGAUAAUUUGGAAUGUGAUGGUGUCAAAGAGGGAUCAGUAAACCAUUGUGCUGGUGUUCCAUCUUCUGCUCAAGUAGCACCGCCUCUAUGCCCUGCAGACGUGAUCACUUCGGUUGAAGGACAGUCAAGUAUGGUUCAGUUAACUGACUUGGCUAAAGUGGAAAAGCAGGAGCAAAACGUUAAUGUCCCUCCAGAAAAACUUGGAGCACCAGAGAUCUGUUCUGUGUCCUCGGAACCGGUGCCCGAGUCUGUUUCCUGUGAAGCAAAAGCACCAGAAUCUGUUAAAGGACCAGCUUUGGAGCAAAAUGUUGAACACAAUGAGGAUGAGGCUUGUCAUAACUUGCCUAUUUCUACUAGUAUGAAGACACCUGCAUCUGAUAGGGAGAGUGGGGAGGAUGAUGCUGGAACUGUAACUGGCUUUACUCAAGUUUCCAGAGCUGUAGAGAAUGACAAUGACUGUUCUAAUGCAUUGCAAGAUACAUUGGUCAGUGACAGUAAAUUGGGAAAGACUGAGGUGUCAGGUAUGUCUGUCUGUGGAGCUGGAUAUGUCUCACCAUCGAAGGAAGGGAAGGGUCAUGUUGAUAACAACAAAGUUACAUCUAUUGGUUCUGAUUCUUGUAAACCCGAAAUAGAUUUCAGAAGGUCUAACAUAGUUGACAAGAGAGGUUCUGGCAAUGAACUUGACUGUGGCAUUGUCGAUCCUUUAGAAUUUGCUCGUCAAGUUGCUCAGGAAGUUAAUAGAGAAGUCAGCAGUUCUUCCGAAAAGUUCUCAUAUGGCAGAACCAGGCAACCAGGCAGUCCAGAUUCUGUAAGAAAAGAGGAGGAGCUCACUCCUGUCCCACCUGAGGAGGUUUCCUCCAGACACAGCCUUGCUACUGAGGCAUGUUCAAUGGAGGGGCGUGCAAGUAUUCUUGACAACACUGAGGCGGAGCCUGAAUGCAGACCUGAUGUGGUGUGCUUGGAGGUGACUGAAGCAGCUCAAGAUUCAGGAGGUAAUUCAGAGAAACGACCUUGUGGCUUUGAUCUCAAUGAAGUUGGUUCUGACGAUAUGGAUGUUUGUGUAAAUACUACAUCGACCUCCAUACCUGUUGUCUCUGCUUCAAGGCCUACGCCAACUCCUGGGUUGCCUGGUGCCCCUUUGCAGUUUGAGGGAACACUUGGUUGGAAAGGAUCAGCUGCCACCAGUGCCUUUCGCCCUGCAUCUCCUCGUAAAUAUUGUGAUAGUGAGAGGAAUCUUUCGGAUACGAACAUUGACACUUCAAGGCCGAGGCAGGAGUGGCUUGAUAUUGAUCUAAACGUUGCUGAGGGUGAAGAAGGAAACGCAAAACCUAUUGCUGAAUCUUCAGGCAGGCGUUCUGAGCAAUCAACUGUUGAAUUUAGUUCUAAAAGUUCAAGCAUGCUUGGAUUUGAUUUGAACAGUACUGGUGAUGAUGGUCACGGCCAACCUUCAGAUCACAGGAUGGAGGGACAACUCUUUCUUGGAAGAAAUGGCUAUUGGAGCCCAUCACCUACAUCAUCAUCAUCAUCAAUGCAGCCAUAUGUUAGAAACAUUGAUUUGAAUGACAGGCCAUGCCUUCAAACUGAUUUGGUAGACCUGGGGUCCUGUAAGUCUUCUCAUAUUAUCAAUGGAUAUGAUUGUUCUAAAUCACCAGAUGCUCCUGUUAUCUCUCUUUUGGGCGCCAAGGUAGAAGUUGGUAAAAAAGAACGUGUUCCUCAAUCCUUUUUGCCGAAUGGAAAUGCUGUUGAACCUGCAAUAGAUCUUUCGAUGUCAAGGACCGGUGGCACUAUAGGGAUGGCCCCUGCUGCAUCCUUCAAUCAAUCAUCUGUUUUUGGGUAUAAUGGAGUGACAUCAGCAUCAGCAGCACCCACAAUGCCUUUUUCAUCAGCCAUGUACGGGUCAGGUGGCACAGUUCCAUAUAUGGUGGACUCGAGAGGAGCUCCAGCUGUUCCACAAGUGGGUGGACCUUCAUUAAAUAUACUUUCAUCAUCUUACUCUCAGCCACCACCGUUCUUUAUGAACAUGACGGGUACACAACUCGGUCUGAAUGGAUUUGGGCCUUCACGUCCUAAUUUUGACCUGAACUCUGGUUUCAUGAUUGAGGGUGGGAAUAGAGAGACAUUUGCAGCCAGGCAAUUUUUCUUUCCUGGUCAGGGAAGGGCUGUGGAGGAGCAAGUAAGAACCAUGCCGCAGCCAUCAAGUUCGGUGGUUGGUGGGAAACGAAAGGAACCAGAUAGUAGUUGGGAACCCUAUCCGUAUAGCUACAAACAUUCGCAACCUCCAUGGAAGUAGCCUAUUACACCUCUUCUGAAUUGUUCAUAAACACACACCUUUCCAAUUAAUGCUUUAUUACCCGAAAUUAUCCUCAAGAGCACUGGCAACCUUUAGCGACUGAAGAUCUCAAAUUCAAUAAAUGCUGGGGGAAGAUGGAUGUAGUAUGAUUCAAACUAUUAAUGGUUAAAGGGGGCAGAAAUUGGGUUUUCUUAUUGUUAUUUUUUUCUUUUUUCUUCCGUUGUUUAUCAUUUACUAUAGCUUCAUAGAAAGGCAUUACAAAGCACAGAAAGUCUUGGUGCGUUUAGCUGUAUUUUUUCUUUCGUAUGUCAAAGAAAUUUAUAGGCAUAUAGUAUCA